UGUGUGUCAUCGCAUACUUCUUAAAUUCAUUAGAUAGUAAUAUUCUACUCAUUAUUUCAUCGUUGACUUAAAACACUUGGGUUUUGUUCAUAUGACUCUCAAACGCGCAAGUGUAUAAAAGUGUGUAUGUCCAACCUGUGAUAAUUAUUUUAGAAAAAAGAGUUAUAAUAUUCAAUUUACAUUCAUUAUGGUAUCGAGUACUGUUAAACAAGUUAAAACCUUUAAAAUCGAUUUUUUUUUUCUGUUAUCUUUUUUAAUUUUUAAUCGAGUUUCAACGAUUUACGAUCCGAGUGUGACAACAACAAAAUUAGCACCACAUAGGGAAUUAUUGCCUUCGUAUCUACAAAGUCAAAGCACUCCACCAACUACUUUUAAACAGCAACAGUACCAUGAAGAUGCAGAACAAUUUUGGAAAAAACUAUCACAAAAUGAUAAUGAACAAAAACAAGAAAAGAACCAUAAGUACUCACGUUACCAGAUUGUUGUCAAUAAGAGAGGUGGUGAGAGGACAAUUAAUGAUGAAAGAAUUCACAACUUCGAUCCAGUACUACAAAGACGAGAUGUUCAAUGUCCUGAAAGAUUGACCUAUGGAUUAUUUCCUUAUCCAUCUGAUUGCACAAAAUAUAUUCAUUGCGCCAAGGGCGUUCUAUCGAUUCAAAAUUGUAGUAGUGGCACAGUUUUCAAUCCCAUUAAUAAAAACUGUGAUCUUUCGAAUAACAACAGAAGUUGCAAAGAUAUUCGUGCAAUAGAAGACGACUUUCAAUUUAUGGUUUUCAAUAAAUCGUCAUUCUACUCAAUACAUGAGAACGGAAAUACCCAACGAUUGAAGAUCCCUCUAAGAAUAAACCAGUCAAUAUCCUGUCCGAUUGGUUACAGCGGAAUUUUGCCUCAUUCAAACGAUUGUAAAAAAUUUUUACAAUGUCACCAUGGAACAACAAAUAUUCAGGAUUGUGGACCUGGAACUGCAUUCAAUCCCAUCUCUAGCGUUUGUGAUUGGCCUUACAACGUCCCAGGUUGUCAUCAUAAAUCGAAGCAAGAUGUUUAUAUUUCCCACGAGGAAUCUGGACUUGACCAAUCUGGUAUUGAGGCAAGAAAAUGGCACGGAUAUGGUCGAAACAAUAAUGAUGCAAGUGGUAUAAUUAAUAGUUGGGUUCAUUUAACUAAAACUCACAAUAAUAAUUUGAACAAACCAGAUGAGCUGCAACAUCCUUGGGAUCAAGAGACGGAAUACGGGAAUUAUCAACAACUCGGGUUUGAGCCUCACCAUAACCCAGGUUUUUACCCUUACCAUCAAGACCAACAACACCAAAGUACCUCGAUUGUUAUUCCCCAGCAAGAUCUUGAAGACACCAGGGACCAAACUAGCACCUCCCGUUCAGAACAGAGCUGGAAACAAGAUAUAACUUCUGGUCAUAUCAAUGUCGAUGAAGACUACCACGAAGAAGAAAGACUGAAUAUCCAAAAAGUAGUAAAAGAAGGUAAUAACAUAUUGAAUCAAGAAAAUAGAGGUUGGAAACAAAAUUCUCAACAUUCUAAAGAUGGCCAGCAGAAAACAGGAGAAUUAAUCCGGAAUCCUUGGAAGAAUCAGCAAUAUGGAGAACAUCACAUACAAAAAUCCACUCUCCCAUCUUUCGAAAACCGAGGUGAUUAAUUUCUUCGUCAUUGGAAAAAAUGACUAAUAAGUUUCAUUACUUUUUUUUGCACUUUGAUGAUGACCUGCUGUUAUAAAACGUUUAACAUCUAAUAAUUCUACUAAUUAUAUCUGUUUUUUUUUAUAAAAAUGAUGCAUUCUGUGAACAGGUUAAAUAUUUUUUAUUUCUAUAAAAAUUUACAAAACCCUAGCGAAAAUGGCGACACCGAUCCAACACCAAUCCGACAGUCGGUUUGUGUACUGAUCUCAUACAAAAACAACACAAAACCCAUGUAGGAAGUGACGACGGGCACAAGCCUGGGACAAGCCUGAUUACCCGGCUCUCGGGCCUGUGUCAGGCCUGAGACACAAGCGUGUGUCAAGUCUGGAAUGUUCACGAUGUAUUUGCUGGUGUCGGACUAGUGUAUCGGGCUUGACACAGGCUUGUGUUCCCAGGCUCCACACAGUCUUGUGUUCCCAGGCUCGACACAGUCUUGUGUUCCCAGGCUUGACAUAGUCUUGUGUUCCCAGGCUUGACACAGUCUUGUGUUCCCAGGCUUGACACCGGCUUGCAAAAAAAAUUAUAAAAAAAUACAAAUAAACAAUUAUUAUUAAUUUAUUAAGUUGACAUUAUUAUUUUUUGGGCGAUACAAUUUGAAUUAACGAUAAUUAUAUAAACGAAAAUAAACUGCGUAACGGGAUCCAGGUAGGAAUCGACGACGGGCACAAGCCUGGGACAAUCCUGAUUACCCGGCUCUCGGGCCUGUGUCAGGCCUGAGACUCAAGCCUGUGUCAAGUCUAGAAUGUUGACGAUGUAUUUGCUGGUGUCGGACUAGUGUAUCGGGCUUGACACAGGCUUGUGUUCCCAGGCUUGCAAAAAAAAUUAUAAAAAAAUAUAAAUAAACAAUUAUUAUUAAUUUAUUAAGUUGACAUUAUUAUUUUUUACGCGAUACAAUUUGAAUUAACGAUAAUUAUAUGAACGAAAAUAAACGGCGUAACGCGGGAUCGAUCCUAGGCCACUCACGUGAUACUCCAAUGCUCUAUCAAGUCAACCACCGGGGUAUUACUGAAAGAGUCAGUCCAAAUUUUUUAUAUGAAUAAAUUUAUUCGAAAGUCAAUUCACAGUCCUUGUAAAAGCCUGGCACGAUAGUCAAAACCUAAUAAUUGUUUUAUUCAAAAUUUCUAUUUACAAUUUAUAGAUCUAUAUUAAUUUUUUUUUUUUUUAA